CCCCCCCCUACUCUUGCGCGAACCGCGAACAGCAAUGCUGACCAAAUUACAGAACGGUUAUGGGCCCGCAACAGAAUACUACCAAAAUGGACAAGUCAACAGUCUGCCGGUAAGUGGAGGAUGCUGCCAUUCGUUAAUAAAGUUGCUGAUCGAGAUAGAACGAGCAAGGCAUCUUUUCGCCGCCAACACCGAGAUCCACUGCCGAUGACGACUCCGUCCGAAGAACGUCUGGUGGAAGCGGACGUACAGUCGCACCGUCUAGCUCACCCCGAGGAAAGGAACAAAGCCCC